UUGGUGGGUUCGGAUGUACAGUGGAGAUUGACUACGCUGGUGGCGAGAAGGGAGUAUAAUUGUGGUCGUUUGGUACGCAGACACCAGUGGCUCUUUGGCGGUAUCCAGAGAGGGAGCGGACGAGCAUUUUUGAGGCUGGUGCGAAGGAGGAACGCUCCGACUCUGCUUCGUCUUAUCGGAAAGUUUAUAAGACCUGGCACGACGAUCAUUAGUGACUGCUGGAGGGCAUACAGUCAGAUCGCCGCACUGCCCAAUGCCUACCGACACCUCCAGGUCAAUCACCAGUUGAAUUUUGUAGACCCACAAACUGGUGCCCAUACUCAAAACGUAGGGUCGCUGUGGCAGAAAUAG